AUGGGCGCCUUCAUUAGCUGGAUUCAGAAGGCUCUCGCCAGUGAUCCCAACCAGGGAUCCAGCCAGUCAACUUCGUCGUCUUCGCUUUCGGGCAUGAUUUCGACGCUAGUGCCUGUGCUACUGCUUUCUGCAGUCUACUUUAUCAUCUGGCUCAUCGCCAGACGUUCGCAGACGCGCUUUUACGAACCGAGAGCAUAUCUCGGUUCACUACGGCCGUACGAACGGUCGCCUGCCCUCCCCAAUGGCUGGUUCAAUUGGAUCGGUCCUUUCUGGAGACUUCCCGACGAGACAGCUCUGCGCCACCAGAGCCUCGAUGCCUAUCUCUUCAUCCGCUACCUCAAAGUUUGCGCCACCAUCGCCUUCGUCAGCCUGUGCAUCACUUGGCCGAUCCUGUUCCCCGUCAACGCGACCGGUGGCGGCGGCCAGUCCGAGCUCGAUAUUCUCUCCUUCAGCAAUGUUGACUCCACGACCCACAAGAACUACUACUACGCUCACUGCUUUGUCGGCUGGGUCGUCUAUGGCUUCAUCAUGUAUGUGAUUACGCGCGAGCUCAUCUACUACAUCAACAUCCGCAACGCCUUUUUCAACCACCCCAACUAUGCUCGCCGCAUUUCCGCUCGCACUGUUCUCUUCACCAAUGUCCCCAAGGAAUACCUCGACGAGACACGUCUGGAGGCCAUGUACCCUGGCGCCAUCCAUAACCUCUGGAUCGCUGGCGAUGUUAAGGAGCUCGAGGAGGAAGUCAACAAGCGAGACGAGACCGCUCUCAAGCUCGAAAAGGGCGAGGUUGCCCUCAUCAAGGCCGUCAAUAAGGCUCGCGCCAAGGAACUGAAGAAGAAGGGCGGCAACACCGAGGAGCAGGCCGCAGUCACCCGCGACGCCGAGACUGGUAACAUUGCCUCCCGCUGGGUUCCCGACAAGAAGCGCCCCUCUCACCGUCUUGGCUUCCUCGGCCUCAUUGGCAAGAAGGUCGACACCAUCGAGUGGGGCCGUUCCGAGCUGAAGGAGAGCAUCCCCAAGGUCCAGGCCGCCCAAGACCAGUACCUCGCCGGAAACUACACCAAGGUCCCCGCCGUCUUCAUCGAGUUCAACACCCAGCGCCAGGCUCAGGAUGCCUACCAGAGCGUCAGCCACCACACUGCCCUUCACAUGGAGCCCAAGGCGAUUGGCGUUCAGCCCCAGGAUGUCAUCUGGAAGUCUCUCGGUCUACCCUGGUGGCAACUCGUCAUUCGUCGCUAUGCCGUCUACGCUGCCGUCACUGCUCUCAUUAUCUUUUGGGCUAUUCCUGUUGCCAUUAUCGGUGUCAUCUCGUCCGUCGACACUAUCAAGUCUCUUCCUGGCCUGCACUGGAUCGGUGACAUCCCCCCGGUUAUCCUCGGUGUCGUCUCCAACCUCCUGCCCUCGGUCGCUCUCGCUAUCCUCAUGUCUCUCGUGCCCGUUUUCAUGCGUGGAUUCUCUCACCUGGCUGGCGCGAAGACUAACACGGAGGCUGAGCUCUUCACCCAGCAGUCGUACUUUAUCUUCCAGGUCAUUCAGGUUUUCCUUGUCCGCACCAUGACCAAUGCCUUUGCCGACUCCAUCGUCCAGAUUGCCAAGGACACGUCCCAGAUCCUUCCUGCCCUCGCCACGAACAUUCCCAAGUCUUCCAACUUUUACAUUUCGUAUUUCAUCGUCCAAGGCCUGACUAUUGCCAUCGGCACCCUCACCCAGGUUGUCGGACUGUUUAUCUUCAAGCUUCUCUACAAGUACCUCUCUGGCACCCCGCGUGCCCUCUUCCAGAAGUGGACCAGUCUUGCCGGCGUUCUCUGGGGCAGCAUCCUUCCCGUCUACACUAACAUUGUCGUGAUUGGCAUUACCUACUCGGUUAUUGCCCCUCUGAUGCUGUUCUGGUCCAGCCUCGGUCUUUUCCUCUUCUACCUUGCCUACCGCUACAACCUGAUCUUUGUCAGCGAGACCACUGUAGACACCAAGGGUCUCAUCUACCCCCGUGCCCUCAAGCAGCUCUUUGUCGGCGUGUACCUGGGCGAGGUUUGCAUCUUUGCCCUCUUCGUUCUCGCUAAGACCGCUGGUCCUGCCGUCCUGAUGGGCAUCUUCGUUUUCUUUACUAUCCUGUACAACAUUACGCUCCUCAAAACCUUUGGCCCUCUGUUGCAUGGUAUUCCCACCAGCCUGGAGGCCGAGCAUCACCUCAGCGCCGGCCACCUCGGCACUGCUGGCACGGACGCCGCCAUUGACGCCAAGAAGACCGAGGCGGCCGAAAACGGUGCCAAUCGUGCUUCCGCCAACAACGGUACCAACGGUGCCCACGCCAACGGCAGCUCUGCCGCCGCGCAUCCUGCCGCCGCCACCGCCAAGCCCAAGGGCAACAUCUUCCAGCGCUUCUUCAAGCCUUGGAUCUACUCCGACUACCACGUGCUCCAGAAGCUUAUCCCCGCGAAUGACUACGACGUGAACGAGGAGCUCUCCCCCGAGGCGGCCGCGCAGGCGUACCUGCCCCCGGCCGCCUACAAGCAGGUCCCCAGCCUCUGGAUUCCCGAGGAUAUCGCUGGUGUGUCCAAGCAGGAGGUUGCCGAGACCUCCAAGGUCAUCCCCAUCUCCGACCACGGCUGCACCCUCGACGAAAAGGGCAAGAUGCACUGGGACGAGGAGAACGCGCGUCCUCCCAUUUACUCGGAGAAGCCCGAGUAUUAA